AUGUGCGCAGAGGUCUGGCAUUUCUGUUGGAGUCAUGGGGUGUUCUGCUCCAUUGCUCACCCCAGCCGAUCCAUCAUGUGGCUCACUGCUUCACUUCGGUCUUGCCAGUCCUCUCCCUUCCUCUCUACUUCUUUGCAUCAGUGUAUGUUCGGCUCCUACAGACGAAAGGCUACCCGCCUUCUGCACACGGUUCCCUUCCUGCAGAAACUUGGUGUGACGUGUGAUGGUGCCCACGCUCACGAGCCGUGGCGCUCUCCGGCGUGCAAUCGCGCCAAAGACGCUGGCCUCCCGCCUAUGCUGUGCAAAUCCUUUGCCCAGGCACUUGUGGAUCAACUGCUUGCAUGCGGUGCGCGCGGCCCGGCGUGCUCUCUUGCCAAUGCAUCCUUGUCGCUCUCGUUGGGCGCCCGUGUGACUACAGCUGCACAACCUUCAGGUCGGAAGAUUCCUCCGCUGGUGCCUGAGUUUUCUCGCACAGUCAAAGUGUCGGGCCCAGCCGAUCAGCUGCCGUGCACCUCGAAGACCAAGCUGCUAUCGGCCUGGACAGUCCCCAAGACUGUCUUCUGCACACCUUUUCUUUCAUCGUUGCCGGCAGGUUCCAAGUGCCUCCGAGCCAGCCCUUAUGCUCCACGGGGUAUGGCGCCUACCUCGGAGCCAGCCACCUUUGCAUCCACAUCUGAGCCAACUGCCGGUGCGGAGCCCUGCUCCUCUGCUGCCGGUGCGGAGCCCUGCUCCUCUGCUGCAGGUAUUCCUACGAUCGUCAUGGGUGUAGUCCUGAUCCCCUGGUUCCGCGGUGCCAGCCGGCCCCUGCCCUACCCUUCCAGUGCAGCCAGUGCGACUCCCAAUGUCAAGUCGGGGCUUGAAUUGCUCUUUGGCAUACCGUGGUCACCUUCGGAGUUUGUGGAGCAGGCAUGCAAUGCGAAGCACCCGCGCUCCCUAGAUCAAGGUGUGCCAAUUGGCAUGUCGGCAUGUAUUGAUCAUUUGUGCGAGCACAGCUCGGUCAGUGUGGCUAGAGAACGCACGGCUGAACUUCGCAAAUGGAUGCUUAGGAAGAAAGAGCUUGACGAGAGCUUUGACGGACCCGAACAUUGCAAGAAGAUCCUAGCUGGGAAACCCUUGAAACUCUUCGGGGAGAUGGUCAAAGCUGCUGGGCAUGCCGAUGCAAACCUGGUACGAGAUAUACAGAACGGCUUCGACCUGCUUGGUGAAAUCCCUUCCUCGUCUGUCUUGCCGAAGAAAACCACCGUGGCAUCCCUCAGCAUCGAGGACGUAAGAAUCGCCACCCCGGCGAAUCAGCGUGCGAUCUGGGAAGCUACCCGCACCUGCAGGGAUCCCGAAAUUGCUUCGGAAGUGUAUCGCCUUACCUUGGAGGAGCGGGACAAAGGGUGGCUCACUGGACCCUUCUCUCUCGCCGAUGUGCCGGAGACUGCCAUUGUUACGCGCCGCUUUGGCGUCAGGCAAGGUGUGACGACGACGGCCAACGGUGUAGCGGCAAAGAUCCGUCCGAUCGAUGACUUCACGGAAAGCUUAGCCAACUUGACGUGCACUUGUGCGGAAACAAUUGACCCGCACUCAGUGAACGUCAUUGUGGCCGGGAUCCUGAGGCGGAAGCGUGAGCUCGUGUCCACGAUCGAGUCCAUCGUGCAGCAAGGUGGAGUGCAUGCCAAAGAGCUUGAGUGCUUGCGUGGCCGUCUUCAGUUCGCUGAGUCGCAAGUGUUUGGUCGGGGUGCGGCCCAGCGCAUGCGAGCUAUAUCAAAAGCAAUGAAGAUCUCGGGCUUUGUAGUUCUCGAUGAUUCCUUGACCGAGGCCCUGCUCUUCUUGAAAGAUCGAGUUUUGCACGGGGAAGCAAGGAUGAUCAGGGCUUGCGAUCGUUCCACCUACCACUUGUUCACAGACGCUUCCUACGAAGCGGAUGCGCCAGCCGGCCUAGGAGGCAUUCUUUAUAGCGAUAGGGGUUUGCUCCUUAGGUGGUACUCCGAGUCUGCCGACCCAGACGUUCUGGAGGCCAUAAACAAAGAGGGCAAGCAAGGUCUGAUCUAUGAGUUGGAAGCUUGUGCGGCAGUGCAAGGUGUGGUGCAACUUUGCAACUCUUUGAGUGACUGCAAUCUCAUUUGCUAUUGUGACAAUGAGGCCGCCCUCGCGGCCCUCAUCAAGUGUGCUUCUGAUUCCCCGGUGGUAGCAUCGCAGCUCAACAAGCUCAGCAUGCUUGAGGAUGAGAAAGGAAUCAGCAUAUGGUUUGAGAGAGUGGAGUCAUCUGCAAACCCUGCCGAUGAUCCUUCGCGAUUUGUGUUUGGCAAGCUUCCUACCAACUUCAGAGUCCGUUGGGCCCCAGGCGAAGAGCUGUUGUUCUAG